AGAGAGCCAAAAAUCCGUUUUGCAAUUUGCAUGAAUCAGGUAGAGUCUUUAUAACAUUAACAAUCCCCUUCUGGGUCCCAAGCCCAUGGGACAAUCACAAACCCGAAGUGCUGGGCUUAUCGUGGUUUGGUGAUUUUCUUUAUUCUUCUGGCUUUACCAUUUCAAAACACCAUAGGCCAGGCAGUUGCUGCGUAACCAAAGGCGCAAUGGGCAGCAGAAACGAUGCUUUUCCGUUUCCUGGCUCGGAGUCGCCAGGAAUCAACACCACCCUAAAACACGGCUGGUUAUCUCCAGAUCCUCCAGGGUCUCUGCACUCGCGGGCUGGCGCGAGCAGCAAUCGAGAGUCGACCUUGUCCUAUGGUGCCUUGACAUCCCGGGAACAGGAACCAUAUCCACCCCCGCAAGACGAACAUGGAGGCGACUUUGUCACGGCAGUGGAAAACCAGCAGUUGCAGCGUGGUUUAGCCCAGCGCCAUCUUUCCAUGCUGGGUAUAGCUGGCGCCAUCGGGACUGGUCUUUUCUUGGGUCUCGGAUCAGCCAUCCAAAAUGGAGGUCCGGCUGGGGCAUUGCUUGGCUACGCGACGGUUGGCCUCAUUGUCUGUGCCGUACAGUUCGCCUUGGGAGAGGUGACGGCACUGCUACCCGUCACGGGAUCCUUCGUUCGUCACGCUGAGCUCUUUGUGGACCCGGCUUUGGGAUUCGCCAUCGGUUGGAACAUUGUAUACGGCAACGUGCUUUCCAUCCCUAGCGAGAUCACCGCCAUCUGCGUUCUCUUCCAGUUCUGGACCGACUUAAGCCCUGCCGUCUUUAUCGUGGUCUUCAUCGUGCUCACCUUUCUGGUGGGCAUCGCGUUUGUGCGCGUCUUUGGUGAAGUUGAGUUCGUCUUUGCGCUACUCAAAAUCAUGCUCGUCGUCUUCUUGGUCAUCCUGGGCCUGGUAAUCGACCUGGGCGGUGUCCCCGGCACGCCGCGCAUAGGCUUUGCGCACUGGCAGGAUCCUGGGCCAUUCGUCGAGUACAUUGCUUCGGGCGACUGGGGCAAGUUUCUGGGCUACUGGUCCGUCAUGACUGGUGCCGUCUUCUCGUUCGCCGGAGUAGAGUCCCUAGCAAUGGCUGCCGCCGAGACGCGCAACCCCCGCCACGCCAUCCCACGAGCCUGCAAGCGGGUCUUUGCCCGUGUCGUCCUUUUCUACCUCGUCGCGGUUCUGAUAGUCGGCAUGUUGGUGCGAAGCGACGACCCUAGGCUGAACGAAGGCUCGGGCACCGCGGCACAAUCGCCCUUUGUUAUCGCUGCACAGGCCGCCGGCAUCCCGGCAAUCCCAAGCGUGGUCAACGCCAUCGUCAUCACCUCGGCCUGGUCAGCUUCAAACCAGGCAUUGCUUUCAGGGACACGUGUGUUGUUCGGCCUGGCGCUCAAGGGUCAGGCCCCAAAAGUGUUUCUGCGCACGACCUCGUGGGGAGUGCCAUACGUUUGCGUGCUGUUCUUCACUGCCUUUAUGUUCCUGAGCUUCAUGACGCUAUCAAACGGGGCUCUCACUGUCUUCUUUUGGUUCGUUUCACUGACUAGCGCCGGCGUACUGAUAUCGUGGUCGGCCAUUUUGUUGAACCACAUUCGCAUGAUGAAAGCUUUCAAGGUCCAGGGGUUAGAUGAAAAGAGGCUGCCGUGGCAUAAUUCAUGGACUGUCUACAGCAGUCCGAUUGCCCUCUUUAUGUGCAUCCUCAUCCUAUUUACAGGGGGUUUUGCCGUAUUUACAGAGGGUAGAUGGGACGCCAACUCAUUCGUGUCGAGUUACCUUGACAUACCUCUUGUACUGGCAGCUUAUGUUAUUUGGAAAUUUGCCAAGAAGACAAAGAUGGCGCGAUUGCGGGAUAUACCAGUUGGAGAAGCUCUGGAACAGGCAGAGCAGCAGCCAGAGCAGCCCGAACCUCCAACCGUCAUGGAAACAAAACGGAAUUUUACUAUGGACUACGCAAAAGCAAGCGCCAGCGACCGCGCGGUUAUGAUACGGAGAGGGAUAUGGUCACAAGAAGAGUUCAAACUCGACAAAGACGACGAAGAUGCAGUAAUCAAGGCCAUUACAUAUGAAAACAGAGACGCCAGGCUCGCUGCCAUCUGGUUCUCCGAAACUACACAUCUUGGUGUUAAAGAGAAAUUCCUCAGUCUGUCGGAUGCGCAAACCACAUGCUCUGGUCUUGGAUUAGAUGGACUUCCCCAAGAGCUGAUAGACUCGGUGCUGUACCGGCUGGACAUGGUGUCGCUGUUCAGGAUGCGACAUGUCAAUCGACGCCUGCGCAAUUCGGUCAACUCACUGCACAAGUACCGAGACAUUGUGAGAUACGGCGGAUUCGACAUCACGCUUGCACUGCUCAGGUCCAACGUGGGAUUCUAUAUCGGCCUCGAUGAGAUGUACACCACCUUGUGCACUCGCAACUGCAUGAUCUGCAACAACUGCUUGGGUGGAUUUGUAUUCCUCUUGGGAUGCAUUCGCUGCUGCGGCAACUGUCUGCAAUCCGCCUCGGAAACACGCGUCCGCUCUCUCAACUACGCCCGCGGAGUCUAUGGAGGAUUGCUGAGCCACAAGCACCUAGAGAGCUUUCCCAAAAUAGCCGUACUGCCGGGUCUCUACGGGCCGCUGGAACAGCCAAUAACAGGUCAAGAGAGCGAGAGGCCAGUGCUGGUUCCUGCGUCUGCUCUGUCCACAGCCUUGCACGAUGAACUUACACGAUGGGGCAUAUCGUGGUAUAGUUCUGAAUCAGGCCUGAGUCGAACGAAUGGGCAUUGGAAAGGGUACAGACAUAUGACGGCUUGCUUGUUACCUUGGCUGGACAAGAAGUUAGGCGUGAUUGAGGUUCAAGUGCGCUGCAUAGGCUGUGCAUGGGUGGGCGAGGAGGCGAGCGGCUUGGAUAGCACGAGCAAUAUGUCGCCGGCCGAGUUGUACCUCCCGUUCACCAGGCGAGACUUUUUGGACGAGCACUUCAAGCGGUGCGAGCAAGCCCAGAGACUGUGGCUGUCUACCGACGGUGGAAAGAAGGAGCCUACCUUUGCCUUGGCUCUCGACGCUCCGCAGUCCGAACAAAGCUCAAGGUUGCGUGUUGCUGAGGCGCUCCCCGACUUGGCCAAGGGGGGUCAAUAUGGCAGCCAGACGCACCGGAUUAUGGUUGAAAGAGGCCAAUGUACCUGCUUCGGAGUUGGACAACGGACUCCAGAGGAGCUGGUGGGAUGCUGGCUGCGAUGGCAGAAGCGUGCAUAGGCUAGGAAGAUGUCGGUACUUUGUGAUACUGAGAUAGGUAACGUAGGCAGCGGGUAGGUGCAUAGGUAGGAGGUAGUUUCCGAACAGUUUAACGUGAUAAACAGGUCACAGGCUUAGCUGGGGUUUUUGACGUAGGAUUGUCAGG